AUGGAAAAGUCGAAGAUAUCACCUCUUCCAAUUGCAGCGACACUGUCUUCUGCAUUACCAUUUCUGUUAUCAAAUAAUAAUUCAGUUACUAUCUUACCUUUAAAUAAUACUCGAUUUGAAAAACCUUUGGGAUCAACCACAACUCCAAGAUUACGAGAAACAAGUUUUGGUCAGACAUUAGGAAUCAGAACCAAAUUUCAAGAAACUAUUGGUGGAGAAAAUUGUGUUGGACCUCCAGAUUUAGUUCAUCGUGCCAUUUAUGCUGGAUCGAGAUCGGCAUUAUAUCAUCAUACCGAUUUCACAUACCCCGAUUCAGACAAAAAUGACGAUAAAGAAAGUGAUGACGGAUAUGUUGGUUAUUAUCAUUAUGUCAAUGGAAUUCGGUUUGAGAAAUUAGAACAAGAUAUUCAGAAAUAUAUUUGUGAAAUUUUGGGGAUUGAACGAGAACAAGAUUUGUUUUAUUUUAAACCAACUUCAUUAGAGAAAUUGGGAUCUACUAAACGAGAGAUAAUAGUUACUUAUUGUACCUAUAAUAUAUUUAAUAAAUCAGAUUUUCGAGCAAGGUUUGUUAUUCAACCUCCGGGCAUCAUAAGUCCCGGUCCAGGAGGAGGAGCUGCACAUAAUGCUCAUUCAAAAAGAUCCCUCGUUUUAAUGGAUAGUACAUUUCAGAUAAUACCCACCAACACCGAAUCACAACGUUCUAGAAAAAUAGUCAGUUUCAACAGCGAUACAAUUCAAGAUUUGUCUAGGCUGUAUUGGGAAGAAUUGAGAGCAUCACAUUUAAUUAGAUUGUUUCAUCAUACUGAUAACCCAGAGACUCAAUUGACUGGAUUAGUCAAUUACACUCAUUUUAUAGAUAAUAAAGAGGCAUUGAUAAGUUCGAUGAUCAUAUUAAUAAAACUAUUACCAAAGGGCAGUUUGGCCGGUGUUAGAUCAUCGUAUGGUACACCUACUGCCUGUGGGAAUAAAGAGGAUGCAUUAUACAAAACAAACUAUUAUAGAAACAAACUCAUUGAUACAUUGCUUAGAUUGGGUUCUUUAGAUAUAAGUGGUGAAGUAUGCGAAAUUGCCAUAAAACAAAUAAAACUGAGAUAUCAUUUUGGUAACGAUAAUGGGGAUUGGGAUUUUGUCAAUUUGAAAUUAUUGAAGAUUCAACGUGGGACUAAUAAAGAAUUGGAAUAUCUUUCAUUAAUCAAUUCGUCUAUUAGAUAUCAUGGAUUAUACACUACUCAACUGGCAUUGAUACUUUUGGAUCAGGUUAGUUUCCUUAUAUCAAAAGAAAGAUAUGACCUAGCAUUAGAUAUCGCCAAGAAAUGUGUUUUGAUAUUACCAUUAGACUAUGAUUGUUGGUACUACCUUGCCUUGAGUUAUAUUUUAGUGAAGGAUUUCGAAAAUGCACUAUUAGUAAUAAAUUCCUUCCCAAUUUCCAUGAAUAAUAAUAAGAGUUACCUGUCAGCGGAUAUAGUUGAGGGUGGAAUUAAGGAUUUAUACAUGUCUAUUUUCAUAGACCGAUUGAAUACAUAUGAAAUAGAAGAAGAGAUCUCUUCAGCCACUUUCAAUGAGUUUUUCCCCCAUCCAAAAGUAAGAUCAUCAACAAACUAUCCAUCCAAUCUUAGGUCCAAGAAACCACCUCAUGCCGAAGUAGAACUUGGUUCAAUACAAAAACUAUGGCAUGACUCAUUCUUAUUCCAUCCGCAUUUAAGACAUCCGAUAGUUGGACCUUAUUUUACUCAAUCACCAUUAGUUAAUGGCCUGGCUUUGGAAAUUGCAUCAGUUGAAACUAAUUUAAUCAAAUUAUGUGGACCAAAUUCUGCCAAAAACAUCUUAGCCUCGCAAUCUGCUGGAACUGCCAAUUGUUCCCUUUUGGAUUUUUCAAGAAAAUCAACCUGGGCAAGAACAUAUGAUUUAUUAUCACUUUUAGUAGCAUUGAUUGGAUGGGAGCAAAUUAUUGCUACCAAGGAAACCGUAUUCCAUUCUUCUUCUACCGAAUUAAGAGAUGAUUCCAGCUCUCAAAUAUCAUCAUAUGUGGUCAAUCAUGAAUCUUCGAAGGAAAGAUUAGUAACUUGUGAGAAUUGGCUCGAUCAAUUGUUUGUCAUCAUAUACGAAGAUUUAAGAACUUUAAUGAUUAUUGGAUCUAACAAAGCUCAACAACGUAGUGCGUUGGAAUGGGAGAUGAUUGGACUUUUAGGAUGGUUGGUGAAAUAUAAUUUAAGAGAAUCAAUUAGCUCGCUAGUGACUAGUGUUGUGGGGACCAAUGUUGAAGGAGGAUUCGAUUAUUUUGGUACGAUUCAAGUAUUGGAGAUUUACGAUGAAUUUGUUUUGAGUGAUAUUUGUGAUUCUUGUAUUGAUACUUAUCAUGAUAAUUAUGAUGGGAAAUUUUUGAGUAAUAAAUUGAUUUUAAAAGUAUCUAGUAAAGAUAUGUUUGAUUCAUUAAUUAAAUCAUUAGAACAAGAAUAUUUGACUUUAGAUUUCAUAUUAUUAUGUGUUAUGAAAUUGAUUAGUUGGAAUAUUAGAUGGAAUCAAUAUACUCCCAAUUAUCUUAUCAUGAAAAUUUUAUCUACAUUGAUUUUAAAAUAUGAUCUGAUUUAUAUAAUGACAAGAUUAAAGAUUGCAUUUGAACAGCACAAGAAACAAAUAACUAAACAUAAUAAAUUUACAUUGGCGGCAUUGCUUGGCGGAGGUAGUUCUAGUAAAUCCAAGCACAACCAAGAUCAAAAGCAAGCCUUUGAAUUUAAUGAUGAUGACACAAUUUAUCAAUAUAUGGAAACAUUAAUUUCCUGGAUUGAUAGUUUAAAAACUUAG